GAUUCUUUCUAAAGUUUUUCCUCAAGUGCAAUCAGAACUGUUUGAAGAAUGCAGGCAACCCACGAGACAUGCGACGAUUCCAGGUUGUUGUAUCAACAACAGUCAAUGUGGAUGGCCACGUUCUGGCUGUCUCAGACAACAUGUUUGUACACAACAAUUCCAAACAUGGAAGGCGGGCUCGCCGCCUUGACCCCUCAGAAGGUACGGCUCCUUCUUAUCUGGAAAAUGCUACUCCGUGCAUAAAGGCCAUCAGUCCUAGUGAAGGCUGGACUACUGGUGGGGCCACCGUCAUCAUAAUCGGAGACAACUUCUUUGAUGGCUUACAAGUCGUAUUUGGGACUAUGUUGGUCUGGAGUGAGCUGAUAACACCCCACGCCAUCAGAGUUCAGACACCGCCACGGCACAUUCCAGGGGUUGUGGAAGUGACUCUUUCCUACAAAUCCAAACAGUUCUGCAAAGGUGCUCCCGGCCGAUUUGUCUACACCGCACUUAAUGAACCAACCAUAGAUUAUGGCUUUCAGAGGUUGCAGAAAGUUAUUCCACGACAUCCAGGUGAUCCCGAACGGUUACCAAAGGAAGUAUUACUUAAGAGAGCAGCAGACCUUGUGGAAGCCCUAUAUGGGAUGCCCCAUAACAACCAGGAAAUAAUUCUGAAACGAGCAGCUGACAUUGCUGAAGCAUUAUACAGCGUGCCACGCAAUCACAACCAGAUUCCUACUCUAGCCAACACUCCUGCUCAUACUGGCAUGAUGGGAGUGAACUCGUUUAGCAGCCAGCUAGCAGUCAAUGUUUCAGAAACAUCACAAGCUAAUGACCAAGUAGGUUACAGUCGCAACACAAGCAGUGUUUCCCCGCGAGGAUAUGUUCCGAGCAGUACUCCUCAGCAGUCCAAUUACAACACAGUCAGCAAUAGCAUGAAUGGAUAUGGCAAUGCCGGCAUGCCCAAUCUAGGUGUACCAGGUUCCCCUGGAUUUCUUAAUGGCUCCUCAGCUAACUCUCCUUAUGGCAUAGUGCCGUCAAGCCCUACCAUGGCAGCCUCUUCGGUCACCCUCCCUUCAAACUGUAGCAGUACACACGGCAUUUUCUCAUUCUCACCUGCCAAUGUCAUCUCUGCAGUGAAACAAAAGAGCGCCUUUGCUCCUGUUGUCAGGCCCCAAGCCUCUCCUCCACCAUCUUGCACCAGUGCAAAUGGAAAUGGACUUCAAGCGUUGUCACGAUACCCGUAACAAGAUGAGCACUCACUGACAAACAGGUGAAGACAUACAUUGCAAUUUGCCAGACUGCCUGCUGAAUUUGGAUACCUGUGUUCUGUGAUAUCUACCUCAGGGCACUUCCAAGAGAGCUCAUCCCACAGAACGGACUGCCCACCAACGGUCCUACCAUUCCAAACCAGUGUCUCAGAAUGAAUGUCCCUGUAUCAUAGCUUGUUAGUAACUUCUUGGUCCUGAGAAGAUAGCAUUUGAGAGCUUAUUAUGCACUCAGGUCAAUGAAGGACCUGAAAAAAUCUUAUUGUAGGGUGGAUGUUAAAGAAAAGGGUAAUUAGAUUAACAAUUUAUGCCACUGCAUAAGUCUUUGUAGUUGAAGUUCUUCUAUGUUGCAGUACAUAGAAAACCAGACCAAGCAUAAGCAAUAUUCUUAGAGAAGAUGAUCCAUUUGUAAAAAUAAUCCUACUUUCUUCCAUAUAAAAAUAUAAAGCUUAAAAAUUAAAAGAAUAUUUGAAUUUAAAAAUUAAAUAGUUGUCAUUUCAGUAUGUGAGUAAAGGGCUUCCCAUUUGCUAUCCAAGGUUUCAGGUGCUUAUAAGAUCUAGGUAACUGCAGAGUGGGGUUGUCAGAAGAGUGUGAGCAGAAUGCCCAAUUCCCAACAGACACCGAGCCCUAAUCUCCUCCAGCACCUCCAGCCCUCCCAAUAAUCAUCCACUGUCACCCUCAGCUGAAAAAUGCCCUUUGUGUAAAAUCCUGGCAGCCCAUUUUGAGUGCACCAGUGCUGACUUAGUUGAGCAGGUGAAAACUGAAGGCCCAGCUGUCCCCGUGCUCAGGGUGCUGUGACCCAAGCGGCAGACCUGGCAUUGCCCACAGUGAAUUCCCUCCUGCAGGUGCUGCUAAAGCUCUAAGGAUUUCUGUUACAUACCCCAGAGACCUGAACCGGUAUGUUACAGAGCUGUCCCUGCAGUACUCAGCAUGUGAAGCUUCUAAAACACGAGGGCACUUAGAAGGUUCAGCCUGGGCUGCUGGGAGAGCAGGGGGUUUCCACUUCCUAUUUUCUUAGUUAUUGUUGGACACAGAGCCCUUUUUAAAGUUUAAUUACUCUCUUUCUGAGCACUGAACAAGAGGCUGUGCAGAAAUCUCUUAUUUUUUGUUCAGCAGCCAAACUGAAAAUGGGUUGAGGUGUUGAUCUGGGGAAAAAAAAGUCAAGCUGUCCUCACCUUGCUGAGACAGCAAAACCAAAUCUUGUGUUGAAGAAAAUGACACAGAGUAAUACCAGGAAAGUCUUUCUGGUCUGAUAAUUACAGCACCAACUCCCAGGCUGUGGCAAAAGCUCAGAUUACUUAUGCAAGGUAGCACUUCACCUACAGAGGAAAGCUGGGACAGGGCAGCUGGGGUAAAAUCUGUGGGUUUGGAUUGUGUGGGAGAAAAUCAAACUGCACCUGACACAUCCAUGUGAGUGCCUUCAUCACCGUGCCGAGGGGCAUCAGCAUUUUUAUCCAACCAGAGCUGCCCAGUUGAGUCAGUCUGAGCUGCUGGCAGAGCAGGGUAUUUCUACUUCCUAUUUUCCUAGGUACUGUUUGACACAGAGCCCUUUCUAAAGGUUAAUUACUCACCU